GAGACAGAAACUACCAGACCGAAGAGAGGAAAGAAAAGGAAAGCCAGUGGAACGGAGAAAGAAAAGGAGCUUGUGCUUGGAUUGCCCCUCCUUAAACAUGAGCUAGCUGUUUUCAGUCAAAGUGGAUUUGAUAGGUACUCUGGAAACGUUUACAGAUACUUAAGAGUUUGUUUCCCUGCCUUUUGGCAUGACAAAGGUGUGAGUCAGAGAAGUGGGACGGUCAGAGCACUGGGAGGAGCUGCAGUGGUUUCCAUGUAUGGACUCCAACUCUGUUCAUAUGGUAAACAGAGGGUCACAUGGGGCAAUAGUCUUGGAGCAGUAGUGGGGGGUGUGGGGGGACAAGGGAGCGAAAGGAAUAAGGAGAGAGUGAAGAGAUACACAUGCUGCAGGACUUUGGCCUGCCUCAUGCGCAGGAGGCAGUGGCACUUUCACCCUGAGUUUAGAGGACACACCAUAACAAAGAGGAAUGGAACCAAAGAUUUGGAGCAUCUGAGGAGCCAACAUGCCCACCAACUUCACCGUUGUGCCAGUGGAGGAUGCAGAGGGCAGCGGCAGCAGCGCCCAAACUGACAGGUUUGCUGGGGGCAGCAAACCUGUCAGUUUGGGCGAAAUCUUUGGGGAGGAAGACGAUGAGGUCAACUCACAAGGACCUCACCCCGGAGAUGACCUUCAGAGAGAGUCUACUCCAUUCAUCAACACAGACGAUGACGGAGAACAUUAUUAUGAAGGCAAGAACAUGGCCUUGUUUGAGGAGGAAAUGGAGAGUAACCCUAUGGUGUCAUCUCUUCUCAACAAGCUGGCCAACUACACCAACCUGACCCAGGGUGUUCGAGAGCACGAGGAGGCCGAGAACGAGGAUGGGGUCAGGAGGGUCGCUGUCAUGGUGCCCCAAAUGGGAACCUUCAUCGGAGUUUACCUGCCCUGCAUGCAGAACAUCCUGGGCGUGAUCCUCUUCCUGCGUCUCACCUGGAUCGUCGGCACAGCAGGAAUCCUGGGAACCUUCGCCAUCGUCUCCAUGUGCUGCAUCUGCACCUUGCUCACAGCCAUAUCAAUGAGCGCCAUAGCAACCAACGGAGUUGUCCCAGCCGGCGGCUCGUACUACAUGAUCUCCAGAUCUCUGGGGCCUGAGUUUGGAGGAGCGGUGGGUCUCUGUUUCUACCUGGGAACCACCUUCGCUGGAUCCAUGUACAUACUGGGCACCAUAGAGAUUCUGCUGACCUACGUCGUUCCGACAGCACCGAUGUUUAAUGAAGUGUCAAACAAUAUGAGAGUCUAUGGCACAUGCUGCCUGCUCCUAAUGGCUCUGGUAGUGUUUGUAGGGGUGAAGUAUGUGAACAAACUGUCUCUGGUGUUUCUGGCCUGUGUGGCUCUCUCGAUCAUGGCCACUUACGCGGGAGUCAUCAAGACGCUCAUCGAACUACCAGGAAUUAAUGUCUGUCUGUUGGGGAACCGAUCUCUGAAGAACGAUAAGUUUGACACGUGCGCCAAGACGGAGCUUGUGAAAAAUGUCACCGUGAUCACGGAUCUAUGGCACCUCUUCUGUGACAACGCAACUUGCGAUGAUUACUUCGCCCUCAAUAACUUGACAGAGUUACGGGCCAUACCUGGGCUCCUGAGCGGAGUUAUCAAAGACAACCUGUGGGGCGACUAUGGUCCAGCUGAUACGCACAUAGAGAAGAAAAGCCAGCCUUCAGUACAAGCCAAGGACUCGGGCAGAAACUUGCCCUACGUCUUCAAUGACAUCGCAACCUACUUCACUCUGCUGGUGGGAAUAUACUUCCCAUCCGUCACAGGUAUAAUGGCCGGUUCCAAUAGGUCUGGUGAUCUCAGAGAUGCCCAGAGGUCCAUCCCAGUAGGAACCAUAAUGGCAAUUCUCACCACCUCUUUCAUCUACAUCUCCUGCGUGGUCUUGUUUGGAGCCUGUAUUGAAGGAGUGGUGCUGAGAGACAAGUUUGGUUUCUCAGUCAAAACGAACCCGGUGAUUGGCAUUCUGGCCUGGCCAUCGCCUUGGGUGAUUGUGAUUGGCUCGUUUUUCUCCUGCUGCGGGGCGGGGCUUCAGAGCCUCACCGGCGCCCCCCGGCUGUUGCAGGCCAUCGCUCGGGAUGGCAUCAUCCCGUUCUUGCAGGUGUUCGGUCAUGGGAAGGCUAACGGCGAGCCCACCUGGGCUCUGUUGCUGACAGUGGGGAUCUGUGAGAUAGGGAUCCUCAUUGGCUCUCUGGAUGCCGUGGCCCCCAUCCUCUCCAUGUUUUUCCUCAUGUGCUAUCUGUUUGUUAACUUGGCCUGUGCUGUUCAGACUUUACUCCGCGCCCCUAACUGGAGACCUCGCUUCAAGUUCUAUCACUGGACCCUGUCCUUCUUAGGGAUGAGCCUGUGUCUCUCUCUCAUGUUCAUCUCCUCCUGGUACUACGCCCUGGUCGCCAUGGUGAUAGCCGGUUGUCUCUACAAGUAUAUUGAGUACAGAGGGGCAGUGAAGGAAUGGGGAGAUGGGAUCAGAGGUCUGUCCCUAAAUGCAGCACGCUACGCUCUCAUCCGGCUGGAGGAAGUGCCGCUACACACCAAAAACUGGAGGCCUCAGGUGUUGGUGUUGUGUAAGUUAGACUCUGACCUGGUGGUGAAACACCCUCGCCUCCUGUCCUUCACGACGCAGCUCAAAGCGGGAAAGGGACUGACCAUCGUCAGCUCGGUCCUGGAGGGAACCUUCAUGGCCCGAGGGAACGAUGCCAAGACGGGAGACAAGAACUUGAAAACAGCCAUGGCUGCAGAGAAGAUGAAGGGUUUCUCCCACGUGGUGGUGUCCUCCAACCUGCGAGACGGCUUCUCCCUGCUAAUCCAGUCAGCAGGGCUGGGAGGAAUGAAACACAACGCCGUCCUGAUGGCCUGGCCGACAGGCUGGGGACAGGCCCGGGACUCCUCCGCUAGGAGGAACUUCAUCGAAACAGUGAGAGAGACGACGGCGGCCCAACAGGCUCUGCUGGUUGCCAAGAACAUCGACCAUUUCCCUGGAAACCACGAUCGUCUGAAGGAGGGAACCAUCGAUGUUUGGUGGAUCGUACAUGAUGGUGGACUGCUCAUGCUGCUGCCAUUUUUACUUAGUCAACACAAGGUGUGGAGGAAGUGUAAAAUGCGAAUAUUCACGGUGGCCCAUAUGGAAGACAACUCCAUCCAGAUGAAGAAAGACCUCCAGAUGUUUCUCUACCAUCUACGUCUGGAUGCUGUGGUGGAGGUGGUGGAAAUGCAUGAAAGCGACAUCUCAGCCUUCACCUAUGAGAAGACGCUGGUGAUGGAGCAGAGGUCUCAAAUGCUGAAACAGAUGCAGCUGUCCCGCACUGAGAGGGAGAGAGAGGCACAGUUGAUCCACGACCGGAACACGGCGUCUCAUUCCGCAACAAGCGACAGAGAUGCAGGUGCCACGCCGGAUCGCGUCCACAUGACCUGGACCAAAGACAAACUGGUCAAUGAGAGGAACAGACACAGAGAAGGCAUGGGAGUGAAAGACAUCUUCAACAUGAGACCUGAGUGGGAGAAUCUCAACCAGUCCAACGUGCGGAGGAUGCAUACAGCUGUGAAGCUGAACGAGGUGGUGCUCAAGAAGUCCCGCGACUCGCAGCUGGUCUUGCUCAACAUGCCGGGCCCGCCGAAGAACAAGAAAGGGGACGAAAACUAUAUGGAGUUCCUGGAGGUCCUGAUGGACGGUCUGGACCGUGUCCUGUUGAUUCGUGGAGGUGGUCGGGAGGUCAUCACCAUCUACUCGUAGCACCAAGAGGUUCCUAAUCGUUUUGGAUGGAAACACUGUUGGGCAGGGAAACCCAGAGGGCAGUGUGUUGGCAAAAGGAAGGCAGGACUUUAAUAUGGAUCAUGGGCAAAGCUGUCGGACAGAGGAAGUACAGCACUCUGCCUCUCACACUGUCG